GCACUGUACGCUCCCCAGAUCGGUGCCAAGUAUCCUCACACUCUAAAAUGCCGCACUGAAGCAGAAACCGGGGGAAUCUCUCUCCUCAUGAUCUUCUCCAUUUCUCCGGUGACAAUCCUCGAUUUUCCGGCAAGAUUGUUGCAUGUUUGGUCGCUGAGAUAGCUUCGGCGGGGGUUUCUCUCAUGGGCGAGGCGGGAGCUCGUGAUCGGAAGACGAUGCCUCGCGGGAAGCUGCCUCAUUUCUACGAGAUUUACUCCUCUGCUUCGAGCCCAGAGCGACUGAAAAUCCCUUCCAAAUUCACCAGAUACAUAGAAGGGAAGUCUUCUGGAUUGGCUUCUCUGGAGGGCCCAAGCGGGAAUAUUUGGGAGGUUGAAUUGAUUCAUGAGAAGGAUAGUGUGUCUCUCCACUGCGGGUGGCCCACAUUUGUGAGGGACAAUUCAAUCAUAUCUGGUGACCUCUUGGUCUUUAGAUACGACGGUAAUUUGCAUUUCUCUGUGCAAAUCUUUGACGAAACCGCAUGCGAAAAAGAAGUUGCUUUUCAUGCCAAAUGCAGUCAAGACCCGAGCGAUUAUGGUGAUGGAAAUGGAGAUGGAGAAAGGGGGAAAGAUGAGGCAACUCAUUGUUCGAAGGAUCUAAAUAAAAUGAAGCUGUGCCAAAUUCCUGAUGAUGAAAGGUACUGGAUUGAGGAUGUCAUCACAGUAGCAAAGCACCAAACCUCAAAUUUAUUGGCAGAAGCUGUCAUCCCUUUGCGAUCAGUUGCUUGCAAUGAAAAAUGUGAUAUGAAGAACGGGAGCGUCAAGGGACAGGAAUUGGACUUGCCUAGCAGCUCUCAAAUCUUAAGGUCAUCAUCUGCUGAGGAAAAGAAAAUAGCCCGAUCUUUCACUUCUUCAUUUCCAUACUUCGUGAGAGUUAUGAAGAAGUUCAAUGUCAGUGGAUCAUAUACACUGAACAUUCCAUAUCAAUUUUCCAUGGAGCAUCUUCCAAAAUGCAGAAUAUCGAUUGUUCUUCGCAAUCUUAAAGGAGAACGUUGGACUGUAAACUCCGUCCCAACAACAAAAGUCCACACUAGUCAUACCUUUUGUGGUGGUUGGAUGGCCUUCGUUAGAGCAAACGGUAUCAAAGUGGAAGAUAUAUGCGUGUUUGAGCUAAUCCACAAGUGUGAACUGCGAGUUCAUAUUCUUGCUGGUCCAACAUGCAAUGAUAACGAGAGAAAGGUUUCUAAUGUGUCGGCUGUUAUUAGUGGUGCCAGUUCGGAGGAAGAACCUGAUGGCAUAAAGAGGAAGAAGAGAAAGUCUAUGGUAGUGAAUUCGCAAGUUCUCAAGAAGGUAAAGAAGCUUGAUAAGAAGAGUCUGAAAACUUCUUUGGAAGGUUCUUCCAGUAGCAUGAAGAAACAUACCAAUGCAUCAAAGAGUUCAACAGUUGGUAAAGCCAGUGUUGGAACUGCAGCAAGUUUGCAAACAAACGAUUGCUUGUCCACCCUAUUAUCUCUUCAUGAACAGAAAGUGGCUCGUUCCUUUAGAUCGAGUUUCCCCAGUUUUGUUCGGGUAAUGAAAAGGUUCAACAUCAGUGGCUCGUAUACACUAAAAGUCCCGCACCAGUUUUCCAUGGCAUAUCUUCCCCAGUGCAAGACUGAGAUUAUCCUUCGGAACCUAAACGGAGACUGUUGGACUGUAAACUCGGUCCCAGACUCGAAGGGAAGAUUAUCCCACACUUUCUGUGGCGGGUGGUUAUCGUUUGUCCGAGACAAUGGCAUUCAAAUGGGAGACACAUGCAUCUUUGAACUCGUCGGGAGGUUUGAGAUGAGAGUGCACAUAUCUGAGGAUGGAAGAGGAGCCAUUGUAGGAAAUCACUCAUGACACCGACUGAAGAGCGAGACUUGUUAACGUGGGAGUUUUCUUAGUAUACUUGCGGCUUCCUGUAUACUAGAUCUGGGGAAGUAAGGAAAGGUGGGUUGGGUUUUCUCAAGGUGAGCGGGCUGAGCGGCCCCGAUCUAUAAUGUACAUAUCCUAUUACCCACCAGGAAUUGCUCGAUCAUUGCAGCAACAUCGCAGUCUUCUUGGUCGUCUGUUAGCUGUUUCCUAUAUAUGGAUAUGUAUCUGAGCAAGUGUUGGAUCUGAUCUAGAGAAUAUCUGCUCCUUUUCUUUUCCCUUUUCCGGGGUGUUUGAUAUGCUUUGGUGUGAGAACGAGAUGGUCGACAAUGGAAACCGUAGAGGUACAGUGGAACUUGUAACCAGAACUUUCUUUAUUCAUCUUAACAAAAGUUAAAAGUUUCAUCUCGAA